AUGAAAUUUUCUCCAAGUCCACUUAAAAAGACAUGCAAGAGGACAAAGUUUGAAAAAAAUGGAACAUUAGGUAUAGUAAAUCACUCAAGGUCUUGAUUUGUGUAAUUAAAUGAGAUCUAUAGCAAACCGGGUGUAAAGACAUCCCAGUGUCAGUUGAUAGUGGUGGGGAGAGAACCCUCUUUUCAAUUUGUUUACGUCAUUAAAUAGAUAUGCAGUAGUGUCCAUUAGGACAGCCGCACUACAAUGCACAGUUGAAAAUUUCAUCUAAAUGCAUUUGAAGUAAAAGAUACUUAACAGCCUUUCCAUGCUUUAUUAUCAACCUCUUACUGAAGACUAAGGACUUUUUUUUUCCUUUUAACAGAAUCUCUUAGCAAAGUUGUUGACUUGUCAUUCACAUUUAAGGAAGGGUCUGCAAUGAAACAGGCUGAUGUUUUUAACAUCAUAAAAGACAAAUCUGGUCGUGUUUACUCCAGGAGAGAAAUUGAUCAUGUUAUCAAGUUACUGUUCCCUGGUGUCGUAAAGAAACCAAUGAAAAUUGCUAAAAAUGAACCGCACAAAGAUGGAGGACAAAAAGAUCAAAGACAGAAGCGGUAUCCUUUCGCUAGCAUUACAGCUCCAAGACCUUUUACUACUGUCACAGCACAUUGUGCUCCUUCAAGGAAAUAUAUUAACAAGUAAAUUAAGGCUAAAAUUAGGCCAAUUUUCAAUAUAGACAAUAUAGUAUUAUUGUGUAUACCCUUGUGACUCAGUACCAGUGAACCAAUAGCUGUGGCAAAGAUAAACAUUUUUAUUUCUAAUAAUAAUAAUAAUAAUAAUAAUAAUGCGCAUUACAUGAAAGUAAAUUAUUGACAUUAAUAAGUUAACCAAAAUAACUAAAAAUAUUAUAUUAAAAAAAAAACAAUGGAUCUAUAAAAAUAUACUACCGGUAUAUACAUAAUCCUAAAAAAUCCUAAUAAAAAGCUAAUCUACAAAAAUGGGUCUUAAGUAAACCUUUAAACCUAUGAAAAUUGGGCUCAUUUCGUAUUUGUGAUGGUAACCCAUUCCACAGUUUAGGUGCCGCAGCUAAAAAAGCACGGUCACCCAAUGUCUUUUUAGUUAAAGUUCUUGGCGUUUGAAGCAUGAUUCCCAUUGCACACUAUCUUAAAUUGUAACUCUUUUCCUCCCCUUUGUUAAGAGUUCUUGUAGAUAUACCGGAGCUUGUCCAUGGAUCGCUUUAAAAGUAAUUAUAACAAUCUUAAAAUGAAUCCUAAAUUCUACUGGAAGCCAAUGAAGCGUACACAGAAUUGGUGAGAUGUGAUAAAACCUAGGAAUUCUGCUGCGGAAUUCUGGAGCCGUUGUAACUUUGCUAUUUGUUUAGCUGGUAACCAAUACAGAAUACUAUUACAAUAGUCAAUGCGCCCAAUUAUUAGGGCAUGAACAAGCAGAGAGAUCUCGUGUCAUUUGUGGUGCCUUAAAUGAUCUGGAUUCUGUAAGGGGUAGCGUCAGCUUAAAGGAAGAACAAAGACUCAAACUCCAAAAAGAGCUAACUACUUUACAGCAGCUUCAAAAAAUUGGAAUAUGUAAUUUAAAAGAUGAGGAUGACCUGGAGCUAAUGAUUGGAGAAAUGUACUUUGAUAAUUUGGCAACAGAUGUUGAAAGGCAAUGUCCAAUGAUAACAGAAAUUGUAAAACUUCUUGUGACCGGAAAGCGAGAUGAGAGAAACACUGGAAAAAAGGCACCAGAGUAUAAAUUCAAGUCAGCAGUGCAGGUGCUUCUUGCUCUUGAUGACAUAAGAUCACAGAAAACAAAAAGUGACUUUUCUACUUUGUUUGGCUUACUCUUGAUGUCCCAUGGUGCUGGAAAAACGAUGCUGGAUGCACUUGAACCAUUUGGAUUGUGCAAGUCCUACAACUUCUUGUAAGUACUACUUUACUUUAUCAUGUAUUUUCAAAAAUAAACGAUUUUUCUUGAAUUCAGGGACAUAUAAUAACAUGCAUGCCAUCAUUGUCUAAACUCAUUAACUGUAAUUUUAUAUCUAGUGAUUAAACAUUUUACAGCUAGACUGACAAACUAGUGUCCCUGGACCAGACUUACUAUAUAAGUAAACAAGUCAUUUAAUAAAAAAAUGAAAGAACAUGUUGAAUCACUGUCACAAAUCAGCCAGUCGAUCUGCUUGACCUAGCUUGAUCUAUAGAUUCUUCUUGCAUUUUUUACCCUUACAUGAACCCAAGAUUAACCCAAACAGGCUCUAAAUUUUAAAACUUACUGGAGAAAAAAGAAAUUGUUACUUAAUUAUAUAAUAAAUUAAAUAGGCCAUUUCCAAAAACUCUCACUUUCAAAACAAGGCUAAGUGGAAAACCUUUCUUGUAAGAAUAAAUUAUAUUGACAUGAGAAUAAAAACUUAUUUCAUUUCAAUAGCUGUGUAGUACAUAUCCUUGCUUUAGGACAGAGGGUUGGAGUAACUUGAAAAUGGCCUAUUACUGCCUGUUUCAUUUAUUAAGGCUUAAUUAUUUUUUUAUUGCAGUCGUGGAUUGCUUGAUGCUCGCCUCAACAAUUAUGCUGAACUACUAA